AUGACAUACUCCAACACCCUCAGCUGCACCGAAGUUCCCCAGGCAUCUCCUGACUCCAACAAUGAAACUAUGGAGAACAAGCAGCCUCGUCGCAUCCGUUCAGUUGCGGCUGGACUUGGUAGCAUUCUCCUUGUUUCAGCCAUGAUGUUUUGCUUCGUCAAAGCGCCGAUCGCAAUCCAUGAAAAGAUCCAAGAAGGAGGCGUUGCUUCUCGCAGGAACUUGAGCUCUCAGCAGCAGCUUUGUACGCCCCCAAUGCCGGGAGACACCUGCAACUCUGAACAAAGCUACGAGCAGUGCCUUCUCCUCGAGGAACAUGGAUGUCGCCACAUCCAAUCGUCAAGAUCAUGCCCGCCCGUCCACAGUUGCGCUGACCAGUGCAUUCGUCCACCACCCUUUGACGAGUGUGCCAACGAGGAAAGCUAUGGCGAGUGUCUGUUGUUGGAGCACCAAGGAUGUCAAAACAUCAUUGCCACAGCUUCCUGCCCUCCGCAGUUCUCUUGCACUGAUCCGGAUACAAAGACCUUCGGCCAGCCUGGCCAGCCAAUCCAACCUGCUCCUCCAAGCCAAUGCCUCCCACCAUCUCCAGAAGCUGUUUGCAUCACAGAAGAGAGCUAUGGGGAAUGCCUCAAGUUGGAGCAACAGGGAUGUCAGGCCAUGAUUUCUACAUAUUCUUGUCCACCACACUUCUCCUGUGCUAUUCCACAGACACCCAGCCAUCAACUUGAACCGGCUAGCGAAAGCCAGUGCCUCCCACCAUCUCCCAAAGCUGAUUGCAUCACAGAAGAGAGCUAUGGUGAAUGUCUCAGACUGGAGCAACAGGGGUGUCAAAACAUGAUUUCUACAGCUUCGUGCCCACCACACUUCUCAUGUGUUGAUGUGUCUAUGCCCAGCCAACCCAUUGAAACCCCAAGCCAGUGCUUCCACCCCGUAGCAGGUGACCCCUGCUCGGAUGAAGAGAGCUAUGAGCAGUGUCUUCUCCUGGAACAGGAGGGCUGUGAGACUAUUGUGUCCACAUUCAGUUGCCCGCCCAUUUAUAGCUGCUUCGAUGCAAGCCAAACCCAAGCCACGACAAAGUCCAAUGAGCUUCCGACCCAAGGGAGGGGAGCUGAUACUACAACAACGGAUUUCUUCAAUAAAAUGAACGCCAAUGCCCACCUUGCUCACACUUCCACCAAGUCCAUGGGCCAGACUCAAGCAAAACUUGGCCAACCACAAUCUCAGUGCUCUCCCCCCGACGGUUGCGACUCGGGCGAGAGUUACCAACAAUGCCUGCAUUUGGAAUCCCACGGUUGUGAGAGCAUGGCUUCGACUUAUGCGUGCCCUCCAACCUAUUGGUGUGUAGAUCCAGUGGAAUCAGCCGAGCAUGACAGCCAGUGCGUUGCCCCCCGGGAAAACGACGACUGCCUCACAAAUGAGAGCUACCAAGAAUGUUUGCAUUUGGAAGCCCAUGGAUGCCAAACAUUGAUUUCGACCGCUUCUUGCCCACCAAAUUAUGGCUGUGCGGACCCACCAAAGCCAGUGCUACCCACUGAAGAAAGUGUAUGUGUUGCUCCAAUGGCCAACGAUCAAUGUCACUCGCAACAGAGCUACCUGGAAUGUCUCCAUUUGGAAGCCCAUGGAUGCGAAGCCAUUGUGGCAACACUUAGCUGUCCGCCUCAAUACAAUUGCGCUUCUCCUGCCGCCCCUGGCACUCCGGUUCAACCCAUCUAUGCUCCACCACCUGCCCAUCCAAUUGAGAGUCAAUGCACUGCCCCUUCCAAUGAUGGCUGCCACACGGAAGAGAGUUUCCGAGAGUGCUUGGCACUCGAAGCUUCUGGCUGCACGGAUAUGAUUUCCACGGAUUCUUGCCCUCCUCACUACUCCUGUGCCGGAACAACCAUCAGUAUCAGCAAGAUUGCUUCCGAAAACGUGUACCCAUCUCAAGCGCUUCCAGCUCAACCAAUCCAAGUAGCACAGACCCUCCCCGAACACCCCAAUACCGUGGAGACAAAUCCUUGCAUUGCCCCCUCCAGCACAGACAUCUGCCACACAGAAGAAAGCUACCAGCAGUGCCUUGUCUUGCAACGAGAAGGAUGCAACAAUCUCAUGGCGACCAGGUCAUGUCCCCCGGUUUACGCCUGUGGUGAUGAGCCCAUUCAGCACCCCUUGGAAAGUCAAUGCACGCCUCCUGCGGAGGGCAACUGUCAAACAGAAGAAAGUUAUCAAGAAUGUUUGGGGUUGGAGUCGGAUGGUUGUGGUUCCAUUAUGGCGACUCGUUCUUGCCCACCCAGUUACCGAUGUUCUCAGCAGUAA